CACGCAGUAAGUGGAUUAACAACAUUAGACGUGAGAGUUUGAACAUCACACCUCAUACUAGAGUCUGCAGUCGUCACUUCAUUAGUGAUUAUCUGAUCGAACCAUCGACCCCUAAAGGGCGUCGCUUGUUAAGGAAAGGGGCUGUACCCACCUUAUUCCAGUGGAACGACUACUCCGUAGCUGACCCAGGGUCCACUGAGGUAACGUUAUGUCCAAUAAAGGAGGAAGACACUCAGGUGGAUGAAGCUUCUGUGCCAAUGGAUACCCAGCAUCUGGAACAUGAUUACUGUUCAGUUCCAGAACCUGUGGCAGUAAAUAAUGCACUGGAUAAGACCGAAGAUCUCCGUAAAGAGGUGGCGCGACUUAAGAGACAGUUGGAGGAGUUGUCUGUCAAUUCAAGUUUUUGUUUGGGCCGAUUUGCUGCUUCUGACGCUGAUAUAAAGUUUUACACUAGGUUUGUAACUUAUAGCCAUUUAAUGGCUUUCUGGAAACUCAUUGAACCUGCAUCCCACAACAUGAUUCGUGCGUCCCGAGCAAGAGCAACUACAGUGAAGAGUGAACCUGGAACAACAGACAGUGCUUUGUUUCAGUCCCUGCAGCCCAUCGAUGAGUUCUUCCUCUUCAUGGUCCACCUCUCGGUUGGCCUAUUACAUCGGGAUCUGGCCCACAGAUUCAACAUCCAGCAGGUCACAGUUAGUGAAAUUAUUACAACCUGGGCCAAUUUUUUGUACACUAUUCUUGGGUCGGUCCGGAUCUGGAUGUCUGAGGAGGCAGUCAAGGCUCAUCUGCCCAAUGAGUUUCAGGACUACCCGGACACACAAGUGGUGAUAGACUGCACAGAACUGCGUUGCCAAACUCCGUCCUCUCUUCUGCCCCAAAAUGACAUUUUCUCCGCUGACGAGUCCCACUGCACCUUCAAGGGAUUAAUCGGCAUGGCACCACAUGGCGCAGUCACCUUUGUGUCAUCCCUUUAUGCAAGUUCUGUCAGUGACAAGGACCUUUUUAGGCAGUCUGGCAUUGUCUCUCUGUUGAAACCUGGAAUGGCAAUAAUGGUCGACAAAGGUUUUCUUGUUGAUGAUGAUUGUGUGCCAUGCAAAGUCUACAGACACGCAUACCUGUCAAAGAGAGAAGAGAUGUCAGCUGGUGAGAUAAGGGAGACGCUGUCUGUUGCUCGGCUGUUGAUCCACAUUGAACGCCUCAUCCGCAGGGUGAAGAAACACAAGCUUUUUGAUACAAUCAUUCCUCUCUCUGUUUCAGGGAGCAUCAACCAGCUAUAUACAGUUGCUUGCCUCCUUGUAAAUUACCAGAAUGGUCCCUUAGUAAAAGUAGAGGCAAAUGAUUAAAGAUGAGAUAACAUUUGUUGGGGGUUGAUGAAUGUAAAUAUGUAUAUAAAUAACUUUUAUUCAGUGUUGCCAACAUUUGCAUAAAUGUUAAUAUAAAUAAGUUUUUGAUACAGUGCAUUUCCUUUACAGUGAUGUUGUGCAAAUAAACAAACUUUAACCCUUUAA